AUGAAACGUAAGAAGAUAGAUCACAAUAUCCCUCUUGAUCUAGUUGUGGAGAUUCUCAUCAGAUUACCAACUAAGUCUGUUAUCAAGUUCAAAAGCGUUUCCAAGAUAUGGUUGUCCAUAAUCGUGAGCCGUGUAUUCAUCGAAUCCUUCGCAUCCAUCUCCUCGACACGACCGCGUUUUCUAGUCACUUUCACCAACGGUAUCUACGGCAAGCGUGAGGAGAAACGUUUGUUCUUCUUCUCCUCUUCACAGGAGGAGGGACCUGAAUCUGCUAUUCACUACAUGACACUCCCUAACCCCGGCGUUUCUACUAACAAUGGGUCUUGUGCUUCCGUACAUGGCUUUAUGGGUUGUCAAAUUUCACCUGGGUUCAUCAUCUGUAACCCUAGCACCAGACAAGUCAUCCUCUUACCCAUCUUACCCAUCUCACACUGUGUCAGACCCUAUAUUAGAAGCACAUGCUUGUGUUAUGAUCCUGUCUCUGAUCAAUUCAAAGCUUUCUCCCUCUUUUCUCCUCUCCAACGUGAGCAUGAGUCCCAUGUGCAGCACCUUGUGUUAACUCUAAAAGGUGAUAAAAGAAACUAUUCAUGGAGGCUGAUCCAAGGUAACUUCAGCAUACCACCUUAUUACCCUGUAACUACCAAAAUAUGCAUCAGAGGGAAAGUGUAUUAUGGUGCUUGGACCCCUAAGUUUGGUAUGGAACCAGUGAUUGUUUGUUUUGAUGUUGGAUCUGAGAAGCUAACUUUUAUCAAAGCACAUAGGGAUUUCCUUUGCUGGCAGUAUGAACCCAUUUUAUUGGAAUACAAAGGGAAACUAGCCUCCAUUAUUAAAAAUAGAUGGCCUUUUGAAGUUUUCGAUAGUUUUGAUUUUUGGGUACUAGAGGACGUUGAAAAACAUGAAUGGUCAAAGCAUAUAUGUGCGUUUCCGCUCUCGUGUUGGGAUAAUGUUUGGGAAGGGGCUUUAAAAAUGUCCUUUCCUGGGACCAACAAGGCUGGUGAGCUCAUUAUAGCACCAAGAUACUUGCAGCGCCAACUUGGGCCCUUCUACAUCUUCUAUUGCAAUGUAGAAACAAACAACAUCAGAAGAGUUAGGCUCCACGGAAUUGCUGAUGAUGAAGAGUUUAGACACUCUUAUGGCUUUGGAAAGACUAUUCCUGGAUUUGAUGAUGUCUAUAUUACACCCGAACAUGUCGAAAAUCUAAGAGUUUUGUAA